GUCGACGCCGCGGCCGUCGACGACGUUCCUCAGUCUUCGGAGUGGGCUCGGCGGCGCAGGCCGGCCAGGGAAGGCCGGGCGGAGAGCGGCGGGGGUCGGAGCGAGGUCGGGGCGCCGUGGGCGGGCGGUAGAGGGGUGCGGGCGAGGCCGGGGCAGGGUGCGGAGCAUUUGAGCGAGGUCAGGAGGGCAGAGGCCCCAGGCUGUGCGGGGCGGGCGCCGGCUCCGCGGGCUUGCAGCAGAGGCCUGGGCCGGCCGCCGGGCCCCUUGUCCCCGGGCCUGUUGACGACGACGCUCCCGCGGGGGCCCCGCCUGAGGAGGACGCGGCGGCGGCGGCCAGGCCGCGGGAGGCCGCGGAGGAUGGAGGAGCGGAAGGAGGAGGGCGAGGCGGAGAUUCAGGAGCACGGGCCCGAGCACUGGUUCUCCAAGUGGGAGCGGCAGUGCCUGGCCGAGGCCGAGCAGGACGAGCAGCUGUCCCCCGAGCUGCAGGAGGAGGCGGCGGCCGCCGCGCAGCCCGAGCACAAGCAGCAGAAGCUGUGGCAUCUCUUCCAGAACUCGGCCACGGCCGUGGCUCAGCUCUACAAAGACCGAGUGUGUCAGCAGCCAGGACUUUCUCUCUGGGUCCCCUUCCAAAACGCAGCCACCGCCGUCACCAACCUCUACAAAGAAAGCGUGGAUACCCAUCAGCGAAGUUUUGAUAUUGGAAUUCAGAUUGGCUAUCAGCGACGCAAUAAGGAUGUGCUGGCCUGGGUUAAAAAGCGCAGAAGAACUAUUCGUAGAGAAGAUUUGAUCAGCUUCCUGUGUGGAAAGGUUCCUCCACCACGAAACUCUAGAGCUCCCCCAAGACUGACUGUAGUGUCCCCUAAUCGAGCUACUUCAACGGAAACUAGCUCAUCUGUAGAGACUGAUUUGCAACCCUUCCGGGAAGCCAUAGCUCUGCAUGGUCUUAGUGGUGCAAUGGCUAGUAUAAGCGUGCGUUCGAGUACCCCAGGCUCUCCUACACAUGUAAGCAGUGGACCGAAUGCUAGUCGAAGGAGAAAUGGACUCCAUGAUGUCGAUUUGAACACUUUCAUAACAGAAGAAAUGGCACUCCACUUGGACAAUGGUGGAACUAGAAAGCGUACCUCAGCCCAGUGUGGCGAUGUCAUUACAGACUCACCAACUCAUAAACGCAACAGAAUGCUCUAAACUGCAGACAUUUUCACACCCACCAUGCUGCUUGAAAGCCACUCGAUCCUCAACAUAUACUAUUAUUGCAAAGGAAACAUGAGGCCAUCUUCCCUUGUUCACUGUUUAAAACAAGUGAAUUCUCUAUUGGUUGCCAUAAAAGGAAGUUUUAGGUAAUUACAGUAGAUGCCUCCUGUAACUAUGGCUUUCUCAAACUAUAAUCCUAGCAGAGGACAUGAGACAAUUGUGUAGUCAUUAGCAAGAUCAUCAUAGGCAAACAUAUAUCCGUUCCAAGGCUAAAAGUGACCUUACUGUAUUUAUUCUCAAAGGGAAAGGAAAUAUCAGAUGUUUAUUUGGUUAUAGAAUGCUUUCUUAUUUUUAUUUUUUGGUCCGUUUCCUGCUGUAUUGAGUAUUUUUGCUUAAACAGUAUUGCCAGGUUCCUACAAUUGUCUAAAACCUUGAUCUGGCUUGUAAGCCAGAUCUGCAGGCUUCCAUUUUUGCAGCCACAUUGAACCACACACCUGGUUUCCUUCGUGAUAGUGUGCAAUUUCUGAUUAUCAGAUUAUGCCCAGUUUUCAGUUUUCAAAACAGUUUUAACUCUGGUGAUUGUGAGAUGUAAAGAGGUGCUAUGAUGGUCAUGCAAGUAAUACUUAAUACUGAAUCAAUACACAGAACUUUAUUGGAUUCACUUCGUGUGUGUUAGUGCUCUGAAAAUAGCAAUAUUAUUAACCUGUCCCCAGAAUAAUCCUGUAGGCUUCAGAUACUCAGUUUUAAAACAAGUACUACUUCCUACGCCGCCGGGUACUUUACUUACGGUUAAACACAAACUGCAUUCAAAGUGACCUUGGAGGUCAUGAUCUUGGAGAGUGGGCUUCCUUUUUGGUUUGGUAGUAGUGAGAGGAAGUGGAUGGUGGGAGUAGGUAUUUAUUCUUUAGUGGUUUUUUUUUUUUUUUUUCUUUUGCGUUUUUUUAUGGAUGCCCUACUGUGUGUAGUUGUCAUAGUGGGUGGAAGAUGAUGAUAAAUAUAUUUUAUCUGCUACUAAUGUGAACGUAACUUAAAUAGCAAAACCCAACUUUUCCUGUCCCUCCAUUCCUCUCAGAAGUGCAGUUUGGAAUUUCAUUCUGGAAAAGAUGAGAUCGCAUGGAGAUUCUCUAGAUGUUAGGUAGACCCAAAGAAAAGCUCUUGGAGUCCUCUUUGGGUAAAUAUAAGACCUCUUGUAGCUACAACAUUUUAGAGCAUGUUUCAUCUGCAUUUUUACUACCUAAACUGAAUGGUAGUCUAUUUAGAAGACUGAUGUCAGCCUGCCAGGCACUGUGAUCCAUUCUAUCCUGUUAUAUUAUAUAUCAAGUAGGACAGUGAAAAUGUUUCCGUGCAAACUUGUAGUCCAGUUCAGUUACUUAUAUUUUUAUCCUUAAUAACCAUGGCAAAUCAGUGUAAGGGGUUUUCUGAUAAUUACAGCACUUUGUUAAAAGUUUGCAAUUUUGUCAGCCAUUUAAUAAUAUCUUUCUGUGAAGAGACCUUGCUAAGUUAACCAUUAUUGACUGAGUGGGAUGUGAGUGGAAUGUUAGGAAUGUUGUGUGAAUUGAAGUUCUGUAUUCAUUAUAGAUAUAGCCCUUAUUUAAAACUGAAAUCCAUAUUCAAACUAGGAAUGAAAGUAAGAUAUUUCUCAGUUUUUGCAGAAGUGGAGCUUUCUUUUGUUUGUUUAAAAAGCAGGAAGAAUUACAGCAAUGUGGCGUUUUACCUUAAACGGACAAGCCUGUGCAUCACAUGUACUUCCAGGCUUCCCUGGGAUAAACCAAGACACAGAGUUCACUUUUGCUUUUCUGUGGCUGUGAAUAUAGAUUCUGCAAUUGGGGUUUGAUGGUGUGAUGGCUGCUGACAAGAAGCCAGAACUCCUAUUCCUAAGGGACUUGAGACAGAGGAACAUGUUUCAUCUCUUCCUGCCUUGGUUCUGUUUCCUCUGUCCAAGUUGAAUAACGAUGUUCUUGGUUGUUUGAUUUAAGUUGGUGCUCUGAAGCUGAAUCUCAGUGCCCUUUAUUCUCAGUUGUCAAAUUUUGAUAAAACGUGCCAUUUUCUUUGGUAAGAGAAAGCAGGUCUAAUGUCUGCCACACACAAUUUAUAUGCCGAUUAUUGGCUCCAUUAAACUUUUUAAAAACUUUA